UUCUAGACGCAAAGAGCACAUUGUAGAUUAGGCUUAAGAGCGUGCGGGCAUAAAGAGAAGUCUUAUCUCCGGUUUUCGGUGUACAGCUUCGAGAGUCUAUACAUAUUCAGUUCUUACCGGCCGUAAAGAGACGUCUUAACGACGAUUACUAAGAACGCGUGCCCGUUUGAAGCGGACUCCCCGGGAUUAUCUCCAACGCGAUGCAAACGUAAACUGGAAUAUUGGCGCGCAUUUCUUCGGUGUAUCAUGUGGAGUAUGUUCGUAUAUACGGGCUUUUUGAUUAUUGCGCGAGUAAUAAACGAAGAAAUUAUUUAAACGCGCCCUGUAAAAAGAUAAAAUUGCGCGUCCAGCUUAACUUGCAAAUUUCAUUUGUCAUACGCGCUGCAAGUUUAUGAUAAGCUGAAUGCACAACUCCAUUUUUUUACAGAUGCAUUCAGUUUUCAAUACGAGGUUCAAAAUGCCUCGAGAUUACGCUGUUCAAUUGUGCGCAAAACAUUAACACGCGCGUUGAGUCCCGCAGUUUUAAAACACUCGUUUCGCGAUGCAAAAUAUUUAGAGCUCAAGCAGCGAUAUCGAGGAACUUCCAAGGGUGUGCGAGCGUCAAUAAUAAGUACUAUUCAAUACGUGUUCGCAAUCGUGUGUGCCGGAAAUGUAAUGCAUUCCGAUACAUCCGUUCAACGGCACAUUGGUACGACAAUACCGUGGGUCUCUCCUCUCUCUUCCUCUCCGUCGCGCGGUUAAGCCUCGGCUCUCGAUGCAUUAUCAUCUUGUUUACAAAACGUGAAGUGUCAUACCCGUGACUUGCCGCGUAUCGACUAGACGAUUAAUACCGAGUACUGUUAUGCUGCGAAGAACUUUCCUGACGCCACUUAGCGAUGGAAGGAGAGACUGAUAACCUAUACAACGCCCGACUUCAGAAGGUGCGAAGGAGACUUUUUCACGACGAAGAUGACAACGACGGGAACGCGCAACAGGAACGCGAGGACGUUGACAAUCGUUUUAAGGAGGAGAUGCGAAUACAACAGGAACAGAAAAUGAAGAAGUGGAACUUUGAUUUCGUGCACGGAAGGCCACUGCCUGGCCGUUACGAAUGGGUCAGACUCGACGAGCACGGAAAUGAAAUUUCCGAAUCCAACGAGACAAACGGGAGAAUAAAUUCCCAUGAAAAUGGCACGGAGGAGGCGAAAGACAGCAGGCAGAUCGAUGGGUCAAACGAUCAAAGCGGCAAGAGAAACAUAUUGUGAUACUAUUUAUUAGUAGAUAGAUAAUAGCAAUAUUUAAUGAUAUUAUAAUUUUUUCGAGCAUGACAAAGACUACGUAAAUCUUUGUAUAUGUAAAUCAUUUUUCACGAAGAAGGAAACUAUUUAUGAGUUCUUUUCGAAGAUUAGGACGACUUUUUAUACGAGCAGAGAGAGAGAGAGAGAGAGAGAGUAGUAAGCGCAAAGUCUUAUUAGCAGAUGUAUUCAAUUAUGUUUAAAAUGGCAAUUUAUAAAUUGGCGUUUAUAAAUUGGCGGUUUAUUGAAUUCAUUUGAAUCGGUCUCUUAAAUUUCUAGUCAAAGGAGGCGCGAUACCAAGCUUGCUUUCAAGAGAAACCAAAGUUAAAUUUUAAUUAAUUAAUUAAUUAACUUAUUGAGAAAUCGGAAUAGAAGCAACCUGAAUCGCGCAUGAUUUGGUAUCUAAUUAAUCUUAUCUACGUUAGUUUUACAACGCGACAUGUAUUAUUUAAUUUAAGUCGUGUGAAACGAAUGUGCAAUACACAUUAUUAUAUACAUAAGCACUUAUUAUUAUAUACUCAAUCGAUAUUUUUAGCGCUCUCUUCUCGUAUAACAAUUGAGUAGCUUAGAAAGAUGAGAUUUGUAUCAAAAUAUAUACAUAAUAUAUUUCUACGAGAUAAUAAAAUAA